CAGAGAUGCUCUUUGCUGGCGCACCUUGUAAUAUGCGUACGUGCCCACACCUCAUUCCGCACGCACGCCUAUGCAUAUGCAUAUGCACCCACGCUUUAACUUAAAUAUAUACCCCCUUGCCCUUUUCCCACUUUCCUCCCUAAAAUUCCUCAAAUUCUUCUUGUACAAAAACAAGAACAACUAGAACGAAAGGACUAAUGGAUCCUUGUCCUUUCGUACGUAUUGUUAUUGGGAGUUUAGCUUUGAAGUUUCCAACUGAAACAAAACUUCAGUCUAGCACUGCAAAUCUUGAUUGUAAGAUUAAGCUUAAAGGGUUUUCGGCCCAAGCGACAAGUAUUCCAGCGUUUUUUCAAGAGCAAGAAGCGAUCUUGGAUGGUAAAAUACAUGCUUGUUUUAACUUUAGUAAGUCAGAGCUUCUGAAAUUUAUUGAGAAAUCCAAUGGAAAACCAAGUUGUUUAAAGAUUGAGAUAUAUGGGGGUAGUAAAGUGGGUACCUUUGGGUAUUUCAAAGGUGGUGGUAAGAAGCUUUUGGGGAGUGUUUUGGUGCCAUUGGAUUUGAAGGGUUUGGAGAAUGUUGGACACAGAGGAGUUGUGAUUCAGAAUGGAUGGGUUUCUGUUGGUGGCGGAGGGUCUACUGCUGAAUUGAAUUUGAAUGUCAGAGCUGAACCUGACCCAAGAUUUGUUUUUCAGUUUGAUGGUGAACCUGAGUGUAGUCCACAAGUUUUUCAAGUUAAUGGGAAUGUUAAGCAACCUGUUUUUACUUGCAAGUUCAGUUUCAGAAACUCCGCUGACCGGAAUUUGAGAUCCAGAUCAUCACUAUCAGAACCAAGUACAUCAACGAGCUGUUUCAGUUCUUGCACAACUGAUAAAGAGACAUCUGUAAAAGAACGAAAAGGAUGGUCGAUUACAGUCCAUGAUCUCUCCGGUUCACCCGUUGCAGCAGCAUCAAUGGUCACCCCAUUUGUCCCAUCACAAGGUUCGGAUCGAGUCAGCAAAUCCAACCCAGGAUCCUGGCUCAUCCUCCGACCCGGUGACAACACCUGGAAGCCAUGGGGUCGUCUCGAAGCGUGGAGAGCUCGCAACAGCGAGCUCGGCUACCGCUUCGAGAUCAUCCCUGAUGGAGCCACAGACGCCAUCACACUAGUCAACUCUACAAUCAGCACCAAAAAGGGUGGCAAAAUUGGUAUAGACAUCAUCAACGGGGCUACCCCGUUGACUAGCCCCAACAGCAGCUUCGACCUCGGUUCAGGAUCCGGAUCCGGGUCGGACUUCGGGUCACAACCCGGAUCCGGAUCAUGGGCGCAGCUGCUGUAUCGAGGCUUCGUGAUGUCGGCUACAGUGGGAGGAGAGGGAAAAUGCAGCAAACCAGAAGUGGAAGUAGGGGUGCAGCAUGUGAGCUGUGCGGAGGAUGCUGCGGCCUUUGUGGCAUUGGCAGCUGCAAUGGAUCUCAGUAUGGAUGCUUGUCGCUCAUUUUCACAGAAACUUCGUAAAGAGUUGAGGCAACAGGACCAAGAAUGAUAAAUGGAUCGGGUCGGGUCGGGUCGGGUCGGGUCGGUUUACCGUUUAGCGAUGAUGGGUUGCUUCGAGUUACAGUUUAAGUUUUUGCUAAUUAAUUAACUAACUGACUGCAGUUUUUAGCUGGCUUUUUAUUUUUCAAUUUCUAUUUCUAUUUAUUGCCUUUUCACAGUGUACAGUGAUAAGACAGCUGUUUGUUCAUGAGUUUCUUUUUUCUUUUUUUUUUUUCUUCCUUCAACCUUUCGGAAUGUAUUUAUUAAUUGAUUUGAUUGAAUUGGAGUAAUAUAGUGAUUUUGAGCUUUGCGUUAAA